GAUGAUUUCAUGAAGGCAGAGCUCCUCGGCCUCUCGCUGCUGUUCGCCUGUGGUCGAGCUCAGCUUCUGGUGAUUUCGACCACUUACCAGGCUGAGGAUGUCGGUGUGGUCACCAGCGAACAUCCACAGUGUAAAGCAUGGAUGCUCUGGUGGAAAACGCAGAACACUAUCGUCGACCUGACCGAAGAAGACAUUGACCAUUUGGCAUAUCGUCGCUCCAGAGUUUCUGUAAGAAACGAGCGAGACGCUGAGAAGUAUCACUUACCUUUGGACCUUCUUCAGAAUUAUACAGAGAUUUACGUAGACUUCGAGAACGUGUGCCGUUUACAUCCUCGAGUGCUAAAAAUAGCCAGUGCAAUAGCAGCCGAGAGAUACCACCUCAGUAAGGAAGUUCUGUGCUUUCCUAAUGGGACGUCCAAGCUUUUGCUUCCAGCAAAAGAUUCUGCCAUAAACAGCGAAUCAGAAAAAGAACAGCAAUGGUUAGAGCCGGACAAGAAUUUCAUACGAAUAAACGACUCUCAAACAAGUGCCGAGAUUGGAAUCCACCUGAACCCAAGACUAUUUGAAAUCCAUGAGUCUGUUAUGAUUUUUCCGGACAAGAUCUGCAAGCCUUCCAGCUCAGCCGACAGUUCGGAGCAACUGCAGUAUUAUGCAGAAAAAUAUGGGACACUAGCGUUUGAUAUAGCCCCACUAGACGCGACCAUCGAACAAUUAAUGGAGCCGUACAAAAACCCGAAACACUUGGAUUUAAUUCUCAAACGUUUCGACGGUAAUGAUAUCACUUCACGACGGCCCUUUCCUUCCACUCAUCUGAUUCCUUUUUUGAAGCAUGUGAAAUACGAUUCAAGGACACCACCGGUUCUGUUCGUAGGGGAGAAAGUCACCGUAAAAAUUGGACUACACAUACAGGCGAUGAGUAACUUCGAGCUAUCAACAAUGGACUACGCAGUUGACACAUGGCUUCGCAUGGCAUGGUACGAUCCAAGGCUGAGACACGGACUGAGUCGUCCGGUCCUUGUCAAUGAGUUCAAGUUCCUCAAGAAGAUCUGGCGACCAGAUCCGAUCUUCAGAAACGCAAAGCAAGCACGCUUUCACAAGGUCACCUAUCUCAAUUUCUACAUGUAUAUCUUUCCUGGUGGCGAAGUUUUUAUGGACAUUAGAGUCUACUUGAAACCAACAGCUGCAAAAAUUGUGCUCUGCAAAUAUCCCCACGAUAGACCAGUAUGCUCCCUACGGAUUAGUUCACUAGGCUUCACAUCGGACUCCGUUGAGUUCGAAUGGUUUUCUGACAAGAAUGAUGCAAUCCAAAUGCAUCGCGACCUUGAAAUUCCCGAGCUUACUCUCACUGCAGUCGAAGCUAAUAAAUGCGAUGGGAUGCGAAAAUCAGGCAACUAUUCCUGCCUGGAAGCUCAUUUCUUGAUGCAGCGAGAACUCGGUUACCAUAUUGCACAGACCUACAUACCCACAAUGAUUUGCGUUGUGUUCUCAUGGAUUAGUCCGUGGUUGCCAGAAGAGUUUGUCGAAGGAAGGAUAUUCGUUUCACUCACGGUAUUUCUCACCCUUAGCGCUGAGAGCAAUUCAGCAAAGGAAGAGCUUCCCAAAGUCUCGUACAUAAAGGCGAUUGACAUAUGGUUUGGCUUCACUUCCACUUUCGUCUUUUUAACGAUGCUGCAAGCUUUGCUAGUUAUUUACUUGGAACACUACAGCAAAUCACUGAGAAGAAGAUGUGAGGACAAUUUGGACGAAUUCAGCAAUUAUAAGAUCAUGUAUAUGAUGCAACGGAGCCGUCGUUAUCAUCAUCUGGCAAGAGAAUGUGAUGCAUUCUGCAAGGUGAUGUAUCCGGUCGUAUUCGUUUUAUUCUUGAUCAUUUAUGGAUUCGUCAUUAUCCAAGGCGAAGAGAAUAAAUGUGUAUCGUAGCUCAAAAUCUCUGUUUGUGUUACUUCUAGCCGUUUUCUUUACAUUCGAAGUUGUUGCCAAGUUGAGCUCGCCGUUAUCGUUGGCUUGUAUCUCUGGUCGUCGUUUGUUUUCGUUCGCAUCGUAAUAGCACUGCCUC